AUGGAAAAGGCCCAGAAAAACAAGACGGUCGUUGUAGCACCGAAAAGCAAGAUCUUAAAUAAGACAUCGCAGCGGGGUGAAAGAAAACUGGUACGAUCACGGGGGAUCAAGAGGCCGAGGGAAGAGACACAAGAGACACUGUCUAUCAGGUCAGGUUCUCGACUCAGAGCCAAUAGGGAGAAAAGGGCGAAAAAGGCUGUUACGCAGAUUGAUCUCACCACCUGGGAGGGAACGAACCCGACUAGUACAGGCACGAGGAACCAGGAGCAGCCAGAUAAUGGACUUGAAGCUCCCCUGGCCCCUGGAAACCUAAACAGUUCGGAGGACGGUUUUGAUGGAGAUCUUUCUGGCGAUACGCCGCCGGUACGGAGGGUUACCGUCACUUUCCAUGCUUACUAUCUAGGGGAAUGGAGAAGGACGGACGCGGUAUCUGUGCAGCCAGACAAUCCAGUUAAAGCACAGAGCAUUGCCGACCGGUAUGCGCGAGACCUAGACCGGGGGGCGCGCUUCUAUGAUCGCGCUCUGCGGAAAGUUGACGUUAAUCACUGCGUCCGUGCGGCGGUCGAUGAUGCUACCUUCACGAUCCUCAUGACCUUUGGAAGAGAUCUGGUUGUAACUCGGCAAGUUAUCGCCUCCGUGACACAAUUGCUUGAGAAUGUUGGAAAUGAUGGACAAUUAAUCAACGACGAGAUCUCGUAG